GGUCGGCAGUACGGCGAGAGUGUUCGAACAGCGAUCGCGUUAUAUUCGUGCGCGGGCAAGAUAACAACGUAUAGGUAGCGGCGGCAGAGGAGGAGGCGCACGGCGGUCGAUCAUCAUCAUCAUCAUCAUAUUAUUAUUAUUAAACGUCGCUGCUGCGAUCAACAGGAAAUAACAAUUAUUAUAAUAUAUUAUUAUCAUCAGUAUAACUAUUAUUAUUAUUUUUAUUACUACUUCUACUAUUAUUAUUAUUAUUAUUACAAAAUAAAACCGCGUGAUUAUCACCGUGUGCAACAUAAAAUACUGUUCACGGCGGUUAGACGGCCGUCAGUCGCAGUGCUUAAUCGUAUUAUAUAUGUGUGUGGUGGUCAUAAACGCGUACACACCGAGCCACCACAGUUGUUAUUUACCAAAAUCCAACAAUAUAAAAUAUUGUAAUGUACUAAGAUAUUAUAAUAAUUAUUUUUACUGUCAUCCUCGUCGUCGUCAAGUUCACGAGUGACAACGUGAAAACACAAGAACCUAGGAAAGAUCUUGUGGAUCGAAUAAAUCCGAACCACUGUCAGCGUCCAGAAUAACCACGCCACAAAACACUGUUUAGUACAAAUAAUAAAUUAUUUGCAAUCUACGCUUCAAAAAAUAUCAAACUUCGUAGAUAUGGACAACUGCAGAAACGGAUACGAUAACUCGGCGUGUAACCCAAAUGACGAUGUUGGUGGAGUACAGAAACCGUCGAUCGAAAUGGACCGUGUGGCCGGUACCACGAUGAAUGCAGUCGUCGUCACCGGAUGCUGCGGUGGCGGUCUGAACGGCAAUAGCAACCAUCAGUCAGGCGAUCAGUCUCCCGAAGAUGGCUCGCCGGACACGUGUCAGCCAAAAUGCCCAGCGGUCAGAUCGUCACCCUGGGAUCCACUAAAGACGCGGUUCGUGCUUGUCUUAACCAUAGCCAUGGUCGCGUGGGUACUGAUUGGCGUUAUUGUCAAAAACCUGUAAAACGCGAAAAAUUACCGCAAUCAUAAUAAUUCUCAAUCAAUUAUGUUGCAUUUUAAACGAUGGCAUGUCCAACUGUACUAGUAUAUCAUAUGAUUUAUGUUGCAUAAGAUUCUGUUUGAUUAAUUAAUGUAUCCUAACGAGUAAAUCCAACCGGCGCCCAAAAUUCUUUGUGAGUUUCCCAAAAUUGUACCAGUCUUGUCUCAUACGAUUUUUUACGAUCAUUCCUCUAUAAGCACUUGAAAAUGAUCACAUAUCAUAAUCAUAAUAUUAUGUGUUAUUGAUAUUUUGAGCACUUUUUAUACAAAACUGUACAAUUAUGGCAUUUCUAAUAAUAUAUGACAGAAUAAAAUAUAAUGUAUGUUUGUGAAGAUAAUGUACAGAUUAAUAUUGUUUUCAAAAUACAUAAAUAAAAAGUUAUGUUGAAAAUUAAUUGUAUUUAAUGAUUUUUCAUGUCAACUUAUAUGAAAGUUUUUGACCUAAAAAAUAAAUAAAUAUUAUAAAUAAUGUACAAAGUAAAUAAACACAAUAUUUUAUUAUUUUA